AUGCAGAAAAAUCGUAAACAUAGGAAAUGUCAAAAUUAUCAGUCCGUAUCAGUGUUUAUUGAGGAUUUGAUUAAAUAAUUUACUUUCUCCGUAUCAAUAUUUUUCUCAUUCCUAAUGGAAAAUCGAUAAUCGAAUCAUCGUUGUCAAAUUUCUAAGUGGCAUUUGUGUCAAAAGUUUUCUAAGCUCUUGUUAUUCUCCUUUUCUCGUUGUUGUGCUCUCUCUUCAUCCUUAAAAAACGCACCCAUUCUCUUUUUGUAAUAGCUAUUAUCAAUGGAUAUUGUAAAUGAUUUUACUCGGUCUCUAAUUCGUUAAAAAUGAUCAUCGAUCAGUUUAAUUCUCAAUUCUUCCAUUUCUUGCUGCACUGAGCCCUUGUCGGUAGUCAGCAAUUAAUCAUGCCCUCUGUGUGCGAUGACAUCAUUGAUGCUGAAGUCAACGGAGAACCACCCCCAGGAGACUUCCAAAAAUUUACCGAUGAACAGGCAGAGGCUGUAGAAAGGAAACUUCUGAAGCGAAAGCAGAGGUUGUAUCAGCUUAUAGCGAAAUCAGACUCCAAAGCCUUGCGAGAAGAGGCACUUCAGCAUGGUCUCAUUGAUGAUGAUGUGCGGUCAAAAGCAUGGCCACUGCUCUUGGACUUGAAAGAUCUACCAGACUGGGAUAAUAUCUCUGGUGAGGAGCUAGAGAGCCACCAUGAGUAUAACCAAGUAGUUUUAGAUGUUAACCGGUCAAUCAAACGGUUUCCUCCCAGUAUCGAAGAUUCAAGGAGAAUUGCCAUUCAAGAUGAGUUGAUAGCAACAAUAGUUACAAUUCUUUCAAGAAAUCCUGGGUUGCACUAUUAUCAGGGUUUUCAUGAUGUAGCUGUUACUAUUCUAUUAGUUGUUAAAUCAAAGAUGGCAGGCCACAUUAUUGAAAAAAUUUCAACAGAGCAUUUAAAACCAUUCCUAGAGCCAACGAUGGAGAGAACCAGCAGUCUCCUAGAAUAUAUUUAUCCAAUACUAGAAAAAAUAGACCUUGAUUUGUGCAAGCACUUAGACAGAUCUGGUGUGGGGACCAUUUUCUGUCUACCAUGGUUCAUAACAUGGUUCAGUCACACAAUAGAAGUGUACGAGACAUUAAUGCGCCUGUUUGACUACUUCCUUGCCUAUGAUCAUAAGCCUGGAACUGAAUUCCUGUUGCCAUUGUACUUGAUAGUCUCGAUUUUGGAGCAUUGGAAAGACGAUAUUUUAGAACAAGAAUGUGAAAUGGCGGCUCUGCAUUCAUUCUUCUACAGGCCCUUGGACACACUUGAUUUUGAAAUGUUGUUGAAAAAAGCUGACAGGUACUACCACAGCUACCCCCCAGAGAGUAUGAAAAAAGCUGUCGAAAAGCGCAUCAAGGAUAAGGAGGAAAGACAGAGACUUGAGGAUCUUGAAAGGAAGGCUCUCAGGGAAAGGAGACUAAGACCAAAAGCUCCGAAUACACCGUGGAUGCGAAGACUAACAGUUGUUGCAAUUGGUGUAGUUUUCGUCCUGUCGUCCGUGUACUAUGCGCGGGCUUUGUUGAGCUGGAUAAAAUCAAGGGUGCUCUCUGUUUGCAAAUGCAAAUGCAUUGAAAUGCCCAUCAGCAAUUGGCGUACAAGAAAUAGAAGAAAUGUUGUUGCGCCAGCAGAAACUGAGCUAGUUGGGCAAUAGUAGUAAUUCGUAACAGUAGAAGAUGGCUCAGAUUUCAAAUAUUUUACGGAAUCACUCUUACCUCUGGACCUAUUUGCAUAACGAACUGGAAGAGACUUGAGCGCUACAACCCAUGUGACCUCUCCACUUUUCUAUGGAUGGAGGCGUUUAUAUUUCCCAAGUAUUUUUUUACUUCCAUCAUUUUUAGCAAAUUUUUGCUAUUGACUCCUCCAAGGUAUGAUAAAGAUUAUACAAUACCAAGCCGUGAGCAUCAAAGAAACAAUCUGGUUGUGCAUUUUUAUUUUCAGUGUACUCAUCCUCUUCAGGAUCACUGGGUUUGCAUGUAAGAAAGCUAAGAUUGUAGGAGUAUUCAUUAUCAAUAAUCAUAAAGUUCAGCUGUAUCUCAUACGCAGUCCAGAGAUGAGUUGUUCAGCCUGAGACAGAAUUUUUUUCUUUUUUCGAAUACUCAGUAAAAUUAUUGGGGGCUCUGGGCAAUCAGUUUGUCUUGCGCAGAGAAGACUUGACAAGUCAUGAAUUGAAGCAUUAUUUUGAAAGUUUUGCAUGCAAACUAUAAAAGAAAAGAAAAUUGUGGAAAAGUUGGUAAUCAAUCUCGAACAAUGUAACAUUGAUGAUUCUGAUUUGUAUCCACAAUUUUAAGAGUCUGCUUUUAAGUUUGAGUUGUCAGCAUUGUGUUUGCUUGGAUUUAAAGGGAGAAUGUGUAAUCUGGUUUUAUUUAAUUCUUCGCUUGCUGGAGCAGAAAACUUGAGAGCAUAUUGCCUCAUAAGUUUGUACCCAAAGCUUGACAGAAUCAGGUCUUUUCCUCUUUCUUGGAAACUCAAAUCCAAGUUUUGUGAAGCUGUUUUUUUGUCUGGAAGGUAAACUUUUAAUCAUAGGUAAUGUUAGAUUCGGGCAGGUCUGUUUGAUUUGUUUUGGAAAUUGCAGUAUCAAACUGUGAAGUAGACUUAAGUGCAACCAUAAAUAUCAGUGAAAUUUGUGAAAUAGUAAAUGUGAAGUAGGGUCAUGAAUUUGGUACACUUGAGUAAUGAGAUCACAGUAUGAUAUUAUUCCUCACACAGACCUCACCUUGAAACUGGCUCCCAAGCCCUACUCAAUAACUGGUCUGAAUUUCCCAUUCAUACUCAUAAGCGCUACCCAGUGGCUUUCAGAAUUUCAACUUUAAUAGCUCUAAUUGCUUGAACUUCAAGCCUAAGUCUUAAAUGUGAAUAUAAUCUGUGAUGAAAAUAAUUUAUUUUCACGAUUCGCUCCAACGAAAGUAGAGCAGUUUGAAUCGUUUGCAUUUUUUGU